AUGGACGUGUCCUCCGAUGAGAAUGAUGACGAGUCGCGUCCUCGCAAGAAGCGCGCCCUCGAGUCGAACAACUCCAACACACCUGCCUCAGCGCCCACCCCACCUCCCGCUCCCAAGUGGUCCAAUCCAGACCCAUACACAGUUCUACCGCCACCAGAUGAGACUCAGUCAAAGAGAGUUGACGUGGUCAAGCUGAUCCGUAAGGCCCGGAUAGCUGCCAGCGCGCAACCAGCGAAAACAGACGCAGUCGCAGACAAUGAGGAUUUCAUUUCGUUAGGUGGCCUGGUGGACGAGGAAGAAAGCAAAUACCAGCCUCCACAGGACGCGCCCAUGGGGCCAAGGAGCCAAAUGCAGGGAAGAGAAUCUGCAGUUGGAAGCCGGAAAAGAACGCAUGACGAUGAAUUAAAGGGUGUUUCCAAGAAGACGGGCAAACCUCUGAAUAGGUAUUAUUCGGAUGGCUCAAUCAUUGACGAGUGGAGAGUGCGCCCGUCUGAGACGGGCGCGCCUUGGUUUAACCAUAUGACGCCUACAUUGCACUUGGGUACAAGACUGCACAACGAAAUCCUGUCCUUUUAUCAUUGGGUGAAACCAGUGCAAUACGAACAGAUCGUCCGAGCAGACUUGAUUGAGCGCCUCCAAACGGCAUUUCAAAGCAGGUAUUAUGGGGUGCAGCUUCGUGCAUUUGGUUCGUUUGCCUCAGGGCUGUACCUUCCAACUGCCGAUAUAGAUCUAGUUCUACUCUCAUCCAACUUCAUGCGUCAUGGUAUCAAAACUUUUGGCGAACGAAAGGGGCAGAUUUACGCCUUCUCUGCAUUCCUCAGGAAUUUAGAUAUUGCUGUACCCGGUUCAAUAGAGACGAUCGCGCAUGCUCGGGUUCCCAUCCUGAAGUUUGUGGAUAAAAUGACUGGCCUGAGAGUGGACUUAUCGUUCGACAAUGAUAGCGGACUAGUCGCCAACAAUACUUUCCAGCAAUGGAAGUCUGAAUAUCCUGCCAUGCCCGUUAUUGUUUCGGUGAUUAAACAAUUUUUGCUGCUUCGAGGGCUGAACGAAGUCCCUUGUGGCGGCUUGGGAGGAUUUUCUAUCACCUGUCUUGUGACAAGCCUUCUACAGCACCUUCCACAUGGCCCUAUGUCGCAAAAUUUAGGCUGUGUUCUCAUGGAUUUCUUUGAAUUUUAUGGUCAUGAAUUUGACUAUGAAACUGUUGGUAUACGGAUGGAACCACCAGGCUAUUUUAACAAGAGAGUCUACAAAGUUUAUCGGGAUAACAAGGAUGCCCGCCUCUCGAUUGAGGAUCCAAAUAAUGCCGACAACGAUGUUUCCGGAGGAACGCGCGAAAUUGCUUUGAUUUUCAAAUCAUUCCGGGAUGCAUAUCGCCUCUUGAAAGACCGCAUGGUUUCUACGGCCAUGACAGGAGAUCAACAAAACAGCAUCUUGGAAUCCAUCAUCGCAGCAAACUAUGAUGAAUACACCGAGCAAAGGUGGCAGCUACGCCAAAUCUUCCAGACGCAUCCCAGAUUCGCUCGGUAUCAGGCCCCACCCUCGCCUCCUCCACCUCCUCAAAGCCCUCCACCGGCUGAUUCGGCUCCACCUCCACCAUUGCCACCCAACUCUCCACCUCCCUCUCAGGAGCCCAAGGAGAAAUUGACCAAGCUGCAAAGGAAACAACAAGCCUCGCGGGAACGUGCCGCUCGUUUGAAGCGACUGCGGCCUGACCUGCCUUCCGUUCCAGACUCUAUCACCAAUGAACAAGCCUUGAUUGUCGGCGGCUACAAAAGCCAGUCUGACAUGGACAGAGAUCUCGCUAACCGUGAGAAAGAAAUGAAGUAG